GUACAACUUUAUAUACUUUUCUUUACUCCACUCGAUCUCACCUUAUCUCCAAAAUCUAAUGAUCUCCCCCUUUCCGCAGCUAGUUAGCCAGCUACCAUUUUCUAUCUACUUCGUAUAUACAAUAUCCACUACACAUCCACCCGAGCCACCUCCGGAUCCCUAUCCAUUAUACUCCCUUCAACCGCACCCUAGUCCCUCGAAUUAAACCCUUUCAUGCGUGCACUUCUCCGUCCACCAUUCAAACAAUGGGUAUCUCCACAAUCACGAACAAGCUUUUAAUUAACCUUCUAUUUACUCAACUGACACUCACCCCAGGCGAAGCUCACGAGCAAAUCAUCUAUUCUCCAUAACUCUGUACAACGUUCUAGCGUUGAAAUAACAAAGUCUAAAAACAUCCAAAAUCCCCCAUGCGUAUCCACUCUAUUGUGAAAAUGGAGUCUUGACUACUUUUUGGCAGCGGUCGUAUUCUUUCGCAUACCGGUACACCUUCUACUUCGGAAUCGUAGGUUACAUGACUAUUGAUACAUCCAUCGUAUUCUAUCCAUCUUUAUUAAUCGAAUUCCUAAACCCUCCCACUUCUUUGAUGGCCCUACUCUGAAGAAGAUUAAACAUAUGGAUCCCAAUGUAUUUCAGGAAAUACGAGUGGACUCGGGGCAGAAAAGAAUGGGACAGGAAUCAGUCCCUAUCAGUAAUUGAUUUAACACACUUGCAGUUGUGUUGCUAUAAAACACUUGGCAUUCCACUCAUCUUUCACCGAUAUAUAAUUGCAUUCCCAUUCUACUAAGUGUUGAACAUUUCAAUCAUUCACUACACUCGUUUACGUCGUUGACUCUCUAUUGUCAAUAUCGUUCUUUUCAAGCCAUUUUUAAACAUGAAGGGGGCAUCUUUAAUCAGCACGGUUUUGCUACCCGUGCUAUCAGUUAAUGCGGUUUACACUUGGCCGUCCGAGUAUGAUCAACUAGAGGAUAUUCUUUAUCUUCAACAAGGUUACAUACGUUUUGGCUUGAGAGAUGGUGUGACGCCGUGCGAUUUCUCGUCGACAGGAGGUGGACGUCAGGCGGCUGCGGAAUGGAUAAGAACUGCUUAUCAUGAUAUGGCUACCCAUGAUGUAGAGACUGGCCUUGGAGGACUCGAUGGUUCUAUAGCCUUUGAACUUGGCCGAGCGGAGAACCCUGGUGAUGCUUUUAAUGCUACCUUUGCAUUUACAGAAGACCUUCGCUCAAUUAAAGCUUCGUCGGCCGAUCUUCUUGCAAUGGCCGUUGUCGUUUCUUCAAUGUCUUGUGGCGGCCCAAUCAUUCCAUACAGAGGUGGACGAGUCGAUGCCAUGAAAGCUGGUGUUUCUGGCGUACCCGAGCCUGAUCAGGAUUUGGCGACACACACUGCAAUCUUCGCAAAGCAAGGAUUCAACACCGCCGAGAUGAUAACCAUGGUAGCAUGCGGCCAUACUCUCGGAGGUGUCCAUGGGCUCGAUUUUCCUCAGAUUACCGGCGACGGCAGCGCAGAAAACUUUCCAAAAUUCGACAGCACCUACACCAAAUUCGACAACACUAUUGUAACUGAAUAUCUAGGGAACAAUUCGACCGACCCGCUUGUGAUCGGUCAAAAUGAUACCUUCAAUUCCGAUAAACGUAUUUUUGGUGCCGACAACAACAAAACGAUGACUUCUUUAGCAGAUCCGACGAAUUUCCAAACGCAAUGUUCUGAAAUCUUCGCUCGAAUGAUCGAUACUGUUCCUGCAGACGUCACACUUUCUGAAGUCAUCACACCCAUCGAAGUGAAGCCAUGGGGAAUUUCUCUUUUCUUGGCGGGAAAUAACACUCUUUCCUUUGGAGGAUACAUCCGCGUUCGCACCACCAACCGCAACGCCGAUGAUGUGACCGUAUCUCUUCAAUACCGCGAUCGUAAAAACAACACUUCGACCACUACAAUUCCUGCCACUCGAGAACGUUACUUGUUGGGUCAGAGUUAUGGCUUCGCUUCAGAGAUCUUCACUUGGUAUGGAUUCAGCACUGUUCUUGAUGCUACAGCCGGCAUCUCGUCUUUCGAUGUCAUCUUACAUACCGUCGGUGCAGCUGAUGAAAUCAUCACCAAUAACGGCGGGGGUUUCCCACUCUCAGACGCCGUUCUAUACCAACCGGCACAAUCCUGUCAGCCACAGGUAGCCGUCGAUGACGCAGGCCAAUGGAAUAUAACAGUUACUGCAGCCGUUCGUGCCGAUCGUAUCAGCGAACCUGUCGCCUUUGACUGGGUAUCCGAGCGUGCCAUACCAGGCGUGAUGGUGAAAUCACUAGAAGUGCAACGUACAGCUAUGGAGAAGGUGAGUGAGGAAAUCGAUGGAUAUUAUUUAUUCAGCGGGACGAAGUCGAUCGAUGAUGUGCAAUGGUCUACCACGUUUGAUGUGGUAUUGGGAGAGGGAGAUGACGUAUCGAAAGUAGAGUUCCAGUCGACGUCGGCAAUGGCCACGAGCUGUACCGCAUUUUCUUGAAUUAUGAGCGAGUCGAAUUUAGUAUUGAUUAAUAGCGAUGACAUUUCUUAAUGACAACCUAGUUUUGAAUUUGAUGAGAUACUGCUGUAGAUUUGAGUUCGCUGAAUCGUGAUUG